AAAAUGUGCAUAGUGAAUUAAAAUUAAUAGGGCUUUGACAUCUUCAGGAUAUCUAAUACAUACAUAUGUUCAUAUGUUCAUAUAGGAUAUAGAGCAUAAUGGUUUAUAGUGUGAGUGGGAAAACGAGUUUAAUCAGUGCUAGAUGCCGUUGGCAGCUGAUUGCCACCAUGACGGUAAACAUAAUGACGCUGACGCAUGGCGUAGGUGUAGGUUGGCUGGCGCCCUCCUUGCCUUUAUUAGGCUCCGAGGAGAGCCCUUUAGGAGAAGCCAUCAGCAUAGUUGAGGCUUCCUGGGUGGGCUCAUUAAUCGGACUCGGCUCACUAACAGGCAACAUUAUAUUCGGAACGCUCUUGGAUCGUUUGGGGCGCAAGCUUUGCAUGUACUUAAUAGCCAUACCUAACAUGAUCUAUUGGAUUCUUAUCUACACCGCAGAGAAUGUGACAUAUCUAUAUGUAGGUCGAUUUUUAGCUGGGAUCUCUGGGGGCGGAUGCUAUGUUGUGUUGCCCAUAUUUAUAUCUGAAAUAGCUGAUAGCAACAUUCGUGGUGCGCUGGCCUCUCUACCGCUUAUGUAUGUUAGCAUUGGCAUGAUUUUAGGAUACUUGCUUACCUCUUUUUUAAGCUACUACGUGAUGCCCUGCGUAGCGAUUGCACUGCCGGUCAUAUAUUUUUUAACAAUCAUUAGCUUAUGGGAGACUCCGCAAUAUCUGCUUAAACAAGGACGCGAUACUUUAGCCGAGCGGUCGUAUUACUUCUACAAGAAUCUGUCACUGUCUCCUUCUGAUAACGACAACGAAUUAGCUCAACAUGACGCGGCUAAACAAGAAUUUGAGACGUUUAAGCAACAAGUCUUAAGCGGUGGGAUCAGGGAAACAAUCACUUGGCGAGAUUUCCUCAACCGAUCCACUUUGAAGAUUUUUGUGAUCAAUUUCACUCUUAUAAUUUGCAAUCAGUUGUCAGGCAGUUUUGCUUUGUUCAACUACACGUCUCACAUAUUCAACGAGCUAGAAACGCAAAUUGCAGCAAACACGUGCACUAUUGUUAUGGGUGCCUCGCAAGUGUUGGGCAUUGUGUGUGCGGUCAGUUUAGUGGACCGUUUAGGUCGUCGUCCACUGCUGCUCACAUCGUUUGUAGGCAUGGGCUUUGGAGAGCUCAGCAUUGGACUCCUGAAGCAGUUUGCACCUAGCGACCUUCUAGCCCAGCUCAACUGGCUACCCUUGCUCCUUAUGUGCUUGGUUGCAUUUAUAGCCUCAUUAGGUGUUAUAUCUUUGGUAUUUGUUAUCGUUAUCGAACUUUUGCCAGCCAAGAUACGAUCUGUUGGCACCUCCAUUUGUAUGGUCACAUUAAGUAUGUUCAUCUUCGUGUCGCUGAAAAUAUAUCCUCUGAUGAUCUUCGGGCCAGGUUUAUCUGCAACCAUGUACAUGUCAGCGGCCGCGUGCGCCUUUGGCUUUUCCGUAAUGAGUCUCUUUCUACCGGAGACCAAGGGCAAAUUGCUGACCAACUGAUUUCGUUAUUACAUAAAACAUUAAAGCACCUUCCGCCACACCAAACCGUCACUUUGAAAACAGGUCUACCUUACGACCAGCAUUAAAAGACUAUAAACUGUUUUCCACAAAAGCUGAUAACACUUUAGUCUUAUCCUGAACAUUUGAAUUAAAUUAAAUUUAUGUUCUUUACUGUGGUUAUUUUCUUGGAAGUGUCAUUGUGGAUUUGUUGUUAAUAAUAUGAAUUCAAUUCAGUGUGUUUGGUAAAAAUCUUAAGUGUCUGGUGUGUUUCAAUAUGAUCUCUUAAAUUUUAAAGCUUUGCAAACCAAUUUGUUUGCCGUCUCUUAGUUUCCAACUACACAUAUUUUUAUGAUCCAACAAGCGCAACAAUUGAAAUUGUAAGCACUAAAAAAAAUAAACCAACAAAGGCUUAGUAAAUUGAAACAAAUUAAGAUUGUUAUAAUUUUCAGGUAUAAAAUAUGCAUAAUCAGCAUACACAGUUGACAAACUUCCAAAUAUAAUUUUUUAUCUGCACAGCUCUUUGAGCU